AUGUCUUUGGUUUCCAUUGCGCACCACUUCUUGGAUCGGCUCACAGUUCCGGAGUUUGAAAGGCUCAGGGCCAUCGCAACUGGGCUCAGUGGGAUGACAGUGCCAGUUGGAUCCACAUGCAGCGGACUGGCAACCACAGGACUUUGUGUGAAAGCGCUUUUCCAAGCCAUCAACCAGCGCUUCAACACGAAUUGCCAAGCUUCAUGUGAGUUUGCUGUGGAGAACAGCCCCCCAAAGCAGCGAUUUAUCCUGGGCGCGCAUGGUGACGAAAUCAAGCAUUUGUUCGCAGAUGUGAGUUGCUUCGAAAAAGAUGAAGCCUUCUGUCUCAAGGAAGGAAAAUCGGUGAAAAUUCCCACUGUGUUUCUGUUGGUGGCCAGCCCCUCAUGCGUCAACCUGUCUGGGCAACGCUCGGACAGGGCUGAGUUCGCUUCUUGCUACCAAGACGAUUCAUCUGCAUCUGCAUCAGGCCAUACAUAUCAGUUCGGCUACAGGAAGGCUACGCAAAGAACCGAGGCAGAGGAUUUCAGGGAGAUUGGCCACACGUUCGAACACACCAAAGUGGACAGCUGCCAUCUGCUGAUGCCGCAGCGGCGGGAGUGGGUAUGGGGAUCAAGCUGUACUGGAGCGCAUGACACGCAAUACCCCCUUGACAUGAAGAUCACGAUGCAGAGAUUGAAGGGCCCCAAGCGCUUUACUCUUGGAGAUGUCUUGCUGGAUGAUCUUCCCACAUGUGACCCGCCAGUAAGUGAUUCAUUCCAAUGUCAGCUCGAGAAAGUGAAGAACAUUUGUCAGGAGCGAAAAAUUGAUUUCUCAACAGUGACCAUGGACUCCAGCACGAGCCGGCGCCGGUCCCCCGAGUACGCAUGCGACAUGUUUACCUGCAUCCGCCCCAGCCACAGAAUCUGGCUAUGUGGGCACAAUCGCUUUGCCGAACCACAAGAACUUCUUCGGGCUCAUGGUGUUUUUGCUGAAGAAUUUCAUGUCCCCAAAGCCGUUUUGGAUUUGGAACCACAUUUGGCGGCUGACUUUGCUGGGAAUGCGUUCUCUACUAGCGCCCUCAUUGCCAAGAUCCUAUGCACCAUGGUCAAUGGAUUUCCGUGGAAAAGACUGGCCAACAAAGUGUCUUUGUCCCGCAGUGGUGUUCUCAAUGAAUGUGCUCGCAGAGCUGCCAAGAGGGCCAAUGAACAAGGGCCCUCGGAGCCACCAGUGGAACCCCCAUCCAAAAAAAGUAAAAAACAGGGAAGAAAGUCUUCGAAGCCUUCACGAAAGCGUGCGCAACCAGCCGGGGAGCCAGAAAGUGAUCCAAAAAAGGCCAAAACUGACAAGAACAAUCAGCUCAGGGGGCAGAAUUUCAAGGGUGCCUUACUCACCAUCAGCAAAAAAAUGGAGAUUCUGAAGCGCUAUCAAGAGCUGGCAGAGACAACCAAGCAUCCUGAGAAGGCUUGGUUCGGGUUGAGGUUUGUGGAAUACCUACUUCCCGACAAAAACGGAGCAGUAUCAAAGUGGAGAAAGAGCUGCCAAGCUUACAAGUGGGAUGUGAUCAUGGAAAAGUGUCCCGCUAUCGCUGCGAAGAUCGAUGAAGUUCCAAACUGGUUGCGUGAACGUUUGAACAUCCACACCUCAAAGGGGUACCACAGCAAGAUUCCAAAGGAGGUUACCGACAUUGCUGACAGCAUCUUGCAACAUGCAACAAAACAGGGCUACGAGUUGAACAUGAUCAGUGUGGAGCAGUUGAUUGACGACUGCGUCAGUGCAUACAACGCUGAGGUCUCCAAGCGGCGUGCUGCUCAUGAGGAUGCCGAUCUGCAAGCUUUGGACAAUCUAGUUGCAGCCGGUGCUUCAGAGGAGGAGAUUGAACGGCUCAAGAACCUGCAGAACGCCCAUCGGGCUUCCUGGCCCUGUGAGAUCAAAUUUUCCUCUGGCAUGCGUGGAAAGCAGUAUCAGGCCGCAAAAUUCUGCGACACUUAUGGCUACAGCCUGUUCACUCAGGACAAGCCCACGAGACAUUUGCCCAGAGAGCAUCCUCACGUACAGCAUGUCAACGAUUUCAUUCUAAUGAACAUCCAGGAGGGGAAGGUCAACAGCAAGCUUGUCUGCAAUUUCGACCAAGUUUGGUCUUGCUUGUACGAGCCGAUGCGAAAGACAUUGUGGAAAAAGAAUGAGCAUGGCCAGAAGGAUAGCUUGUCCAAGUUUCCGGCUCGCCAGAAAAUUCGUGCUACUUUGCAGGAACAUUUCGGGCAAACGAUAAGUCUGCCCCUCGCUGAGCGGAACGCCAAGUGGAAGGUGCGGCUGGCCGACAUUGAGGGCUAUGGUGGAGCCAACACUGUGAACUAUUGGAGGUCGCCUCGCACGACGACCACAGUUUCGUGGAUCACCGGGGAGAUGGUCAAGUUCCUGGAUCUACUCACGACGGAACUCCGAAAGCAACGACGUGCCAUUGGUUGCUUGGACAACAGCGAGAGAGCAAUGGUGAUUUGCGACAAAUGCACCAGCCACCUCAGCCGCACCUAUCUGGAUCUUCGCAAGCAGUGGGCCCAAGAGCAGAACGUAUUGCUAGUUGGGGCAGACCCAGACAGUGACGUUCAAAUUCCAGGUGGUUGGGGACUGUCUUCAUCACCGAAUGACGGAUGGCACGGUCACUGGCAUUUGCUGCGAUCGGCCUAUCUUCGAUGUGCGUUGAAGAUGCCCAUGAACCCAUUGCUUCAGCAGGAGGUGUCAGCGUAUGACAUUGGCCCAGGGGGCUUGCUUCCAUCCAUCUCUUGCCCUGUGGCAACCAGUAUUGCAGCUGAUGCUUUUGCCUUUCAAAAGUUGGGCGAACUGGCGAAGGGAAAGACGCUUUUGUGGGCAUGGAUGAGCCGUGGUUUUCUUUCCCCCAAGCUUGCAGCAGAAUGGCUUUUCAACGGAGAUGAAGAAGAAUUACAAGAGCACAUGCAACGUGUCAAGGGUUCUUAUCGGGAUCUGCUUGGCAUGAGAGACAUUCCUUCUCUCGACAAGAGUCAGGUCCGACAGGAGGUUGCGCAGGGUUCUGGAGGUCAGGUCCGACAGGAGGUUGCGCAGGCUUCUGUGGUAGGCCACACAGGUCAGGUCCGUCAGGAGGUUGCGCAGGGAUUUGGAGGUCAGGUCCGUCAGGAGGUUGCUCAGGCUGUGGUAGGUGCCUAUCGGCUGGCAUGGGAAAGGGCUGCCACGCCAUUGAAAGGUGAAUUAAUCCAUGCCUGGUACGUGAAGACUGAGUCCCCUGAACCUCUACAACUACCCCGAUACUUCAACGUACCGUUGGAGUUGGCUAUGUCGCAAUGGAUGGUUCUCAGGAAGAAGUGGGAUGGCACGCUAGCCAAGAGGGCGUCGGAAGGAAAAACUUUGACCCCUGCAUCUCAGAAGGCAUACCAAUCCUUCUUAGAUGCCCCAUACAGGAAAAUCGUGAUUGACACCAAGACCAAGACCUACAUUCCUCGACCGUCAAAUGCCACCGCUGCGACUUUGGAGAGUUGUCUGAUCACGGAACUGAAAAUGAGUCUUGACCCAUCUCACCUCUCCUUGCGAUUUGGCGAUGGACCAUUUUUUCACCUAUUUGUGCGACAAUUCGAAGUGACAGAUGGGGAGGCAACACGUGUUCCGCCACUGACGGAGGUUCUUCCAAAGGAUCUUUCAGCAUCUGUGGGUGUGGAUCCAGCCGAGGUGUCCGGGGAAGGGGAAGUUGAGAAAGAUCUCGCGGCCGAGUUUUCAGACCAGGAGGAUGAGUUUGGGGAAGGUAUCGGCGAGAAGUUCGACGAGAAGUUCGAUUGCCCAAAGGCCAAGUUUGCGAAGGGUGACUGUCACGAUCUUGACUAG